AUGGACUCUUCACGCCGCUACCUGGAUACCGCUGAACGAGCGACUUGCGUAGCCACUUCGCAUCUCGAGGUCCGCAACUGGGAGCCUGGUCUCAUACUCAACGAGAGAUACACGAAGUCAGAAUAUCUUGUGCGCCGUCAUGGCCAUUUGGGCCGGCAUCCAGCCACUCGCGACAUCCCAAGACUCGCACGCACAGCAGCCGGGGAUGCCAAAAUCAUAUUCAUGCACCACCCCAUGCUGUCCGCCCAAUCUGUCCGGCGACUCGAGCUUUACUACGCAUUCGAGCAGCUCACUCCGUACCCCACUGGCAACAACAUGGAAACUGACUCCGCUCUUUAUCCUCCCUCGGAAUGGCAACCAGGUGUACAAACCGCUGCGCAGGUAGCAAACGCCUUGUCAGAGACCCAAGACUUUGAUACAAACCUUCCGCGACACCCACACCGAGCCGCCUGGGAUCUUAUGGCCACUGCUGUGCGCAACCCACCACUCAUGCCGGAGACACUCAAUCAGAUCAUAAAUGAUCUGAGCUACCCGCUUGGCACCAUCACAAAAGCGCCGCCACAGCACAGCACAAGACAGGCGAGAAGCGGUCAGCGGAUUCUUCGCUGGACUCUGAACAGGACGGGACCGACGAAGCCACCACAUCCCCCUCCAUCGCCGAAGCGGCCAAGACUGGAGACCGCCGAAGUUGAAGAUACUCUCCUGGAACCGCAGCACCAGAAAGGCAAGAAGCGUGCGGCUGACUCUCCUUCGCCCUCUCACGACAGCAACGGCACCGAGGCCCCUGCAUCUCCCUCUCCAGCUCGCCCCACCAAGCGACCACGAACGGAGACGCCCCCAGUGGAACUGCUCCUCCCUGGCGUCGUCUCCGGCAACCGCCUCCCUAAAAGCCGCAAGGAAGCCGUCGACGGCGCCAUCGAGCGCAAAAAAAUACUGGAGAGAGCCCACCUCAUUGUGAACCCCGACACCGCCGUGAAAGCUCUCGACUUCCCUCCUGAGUUCCACUCUCCAGAAAAUUUCACCCAAGCUGAGCGCACAGCGCUCGACGAGCAGGACAUCGACAACGGUCCGAUUCGCUGUAUCUGUGGGGAGAAUCGCGAUGUAGCAAGUAGAGAAGAGUGGAUUCAGUGUGAUGGGGAGAAUUGCGGAGUUUGGCAGCAUGUGAUCUGUAUGGAGGAUGGAGUUGAGAGCACGGUGGUUAAGCGUCAAGCCAAGACGUACUUGUGCCAGGUUUGUGAUCCUUGGAGGCAUAGGAAGGUGUUACAGAGGUUGAGGAGGCAAAAUCCGGAUCCGAUGGGGAGGGCAGAGAGGGAGAGGGAUGAGGCAGCGGCAGUGAAUGAGGGCAAUUGA